UGCAGGUGCCCUCCCCCUGGGGGCAGGAGUCAGCUAAUAGCUACCCACAGCGUGCAGGAGUGCUCACCCCACACCAAAGCCCUCAGAGACACGUACAGAGCCUUGCUUGACUGUAAACAUCUGGAGCAAGCUGCCAUCGGGAAGGUCUUCUCAGCUAUUGGCUUUGCAGGUGAUGGUGCCAGGGAAGGUGCAGUGUAAGCUACUUGCUGAGGACCACCGGGCAACAGGUCUCUGGAUAUGUGCUCCACCUCCUUCUCCUCUGUCCAUGCCAGCUCGUCCUGCUGAAAACAGCUAAGCCUGCUGUUCGGAAUUCUUAGAAUCUCAUUCCCAGAGGGACCUACCUCUCUAGGGGCAAACUGACCUCACACUGGGAACUUUAUUACCCAGAGUUUGGACUGCCUGUUGCACCAGUUCUCAGGAAGUGCGAGUGUCUCCCACGUCAGCAUCUCUCUGGGUGUGCUUCUCCCUACUCUGAGGAAGGCCAGUGAUGUCCCAGCCCUGGACAUCGUGAGCAGCCUGGGGGUUCGGAGCCUCCAAAACCCAUUUACAGGCAUCCACGAGCAUAGACACAGUGGAAGCAGCCAGGAGGGAAUCAAGAGAAAACCUGACACUUCCAAUGUUCAGAAACGUAUGGAAUGGUGCUUGAUCUGUAGAGGACCCUGAAUUUACUGAAGAACUUUGUGAUUUCUGGGCUCAUUUGCUUUGCCUUUCUGGUCUAGACAAGGAGGGAUCAAUACACAUCUGGGGCCUGGAGAUAAUGUAUACGGGAGCCUCAGAGGGCAUUUCAUGUGGCUCUGACUCACCCUGACUCUCCCGUGAAGUGGAAAGGAGGAAACACCACACCACUCAGGUGUGGCCAGCCUUUGACCAUUGUUGUGAAUGCCCAAGAGUUACUACAGUCCCUUCCCAAUUACUCAUUUUGCUUUAGCUGUGGUUGAGCUAAGACUUCUGGCUCAAGGAAAGCUACAGAAGAGGAGAUAGGAUGAGGCGGGAAGAGGAGGAAGAGGAGGGAACCAGGAUGAAAGCAAAAGGAGACCUAGAGAUGAAGGAGGAAGAGGCAGUGAGUGAGAAGGGAGAACCGGUUGGCCCUUUCAUGAGAGCUAUGCCCGCCCCUCUGCCGCACAACAAGGGGAGCCGGUUUUCAGAGGUAUGGGAGUAUUUCCACCUGGCCCCUGUUCGUGCCGGCCACCACCCCAACCAAUAUGCCACCUGCCGCCUGUGCGGCAGGCAGGUGAGCCGUGGCCCCGGGGUUAACGUGGGCACCACAGCCUUGUGGAAACAUCUGAAGAGCAUGCAUAGAGAGGAGCUAGAGAGGACUGGCCAUGGUCAGGUGGGGCAGCGCAAGGACCCGAGGCCCCAGGGGCCCCAGCUCCCCAUAGGGAUCGAGGGCGACUGGGCCCGGCUCCUGGAGCAGGUGGGGGCCCUGGCGUUGUGGGCCAGCCAAAGGGAAAAGGAGGUGCUUAGGAGGGAGAGGGCCGUGGAAAGGCGAGAGCGAGCCCUGGAGGAGGUAGAGAAGGCCAUCCUGGAGAUGAAAUGGAAGGUGAGGGCCGAGAAGGAAGCCUGUCAGAGGGAGCAGGAGCAGCCUGCCUUGGCGCAUCCCUUCCAUUUUGUGUAAUCAGUCUGGGAGGUAUCUGUUCUGAAAACACAGACUUGAGGCUCACAGCAAAGAGCCACGUUAGUAUAAAUAGAAAGUAUUUUGUUUUUAAGAGACGGAGUGCACAGUAGGUUAAUCUCAGCAGGGGUCAGCUGACCAAACACUUUUGUACAGGGUUCCUAAAGCUGUCCUGAUCAAAACUUCAAGAUGCAUUAACUGGAGAUAAGUGCAGUUUUGCCAUCAUGGGUCUGUGAGUUUGGGUACGGAACGAACCACCCUGCUGUGUUGCUGAGUGAAAAUAACGGGAUUUAUGCUUUGCACUUGGUUUUGGUGGAGCUGAGGGUUCUGACAGGUGAGGUUGGUCAGGUGGCUGGAAUGUCCCUAUAUGACCAGCUCACUCUAAGAGACCCCACCAGGAGCCGAGCACAGGGUUCCUGGGGCCCAGGCCUUUGCACACAUCCCGGUGGUCAGUUGAGAACUGGGGACAGAGCUUGUUCUGUGUGGUGCAGCUGUGGAUGGACAUAGAAGCCUGCACCUGAGAUCUCGGGCCCCAUCUGGUGCAGGUCUUUCUCCCACUGGUGCUGUGUUGUACUACCUGCUCAUAUUAAAGCUGUGUCACCAGCACAACCUGUCUGAAUCCUGUCUUUCCAACAACCUAACACAUAUGUCAUUCCUGUGUGAUCAGCACAGAGAGAACUGAACUUUUCAGCUCACUCGGAUGAAACAGUAAGAACAGAAGAUAAAGAAACUUAUUCAUAAAUAUUUGAAAAUAUAAUCCAAUUUCAUAUUAAGGUCUGUUGAAGAGGGAUUUCAUGAGGAAGAGAUGAGAGAAACUCAGAAAGGAAAAGGGAAAGGUGGAGAGAUGGGGUGAGGAAGAGGCAGCAAACCAGAAGAGAAAGAAAAAGGGAUAGAGAAGUGUGAACACAGAAGAGAGACGGAUGCCCUCCCCCACCCCCCAGGGUUGGGGGGAAUUCGCCUUGAGAGACGUGGGAGACUGAGGCACAGAGAACAUUUUCCUAGGUUCUGAGGUCAAUUUGUAACACUUAGGUUGCAUUUGUCUUGUCCCUACAGACCUCUCAUUCACGUGAGCUAUAGGUUUGGGAUUUUAUCCCUGUCUUUGAGAUGCUGGCUGCAUGCCAACUGUUCCCUGAUUUUUUGAAAAAAAAAA